GUGAUGGGAUAACUCUGAUAAAAAAAAAAGGAAUACAAGAGGACGGACAUGCUGUGCUCGGCCUCGUCGCCGCCUCCUCCCGCCGGCGGGCAUGCCGCCGCCGACCACCACGCGCGCCUGAGGUCCGCGGCCGCGCGCUCCGACCUGCCGGGCGCGCUCGCGGCCUUCGCCGCCAUGUCCUCCUCCGCGUCCGCCAGCCCCGUCCUCCGCACCUUCACUUCCCUCCUCAAGCUCUGCGCGGCGCGCGCCGACCUCGCGACCGGCCGCGCCGUCCACGCGCAGCUCGCCGCGCGGGGGCUCUCCGCGGAGUCCCUCGCCGCCACGGCGCUGGCCAACAUGUACGCCAAGUGCCGCCGGCCGGGCGACGCGCGCAGGGUGUUCGACCGUAUGCCCGUGCGCGACCGCGUCGCCUGGAACGCGCUCGUGGCCGGGUACGCGCGGAACGGGCUCGCCGGCGCCGCCAUGGAGAUGGUCGUCCGGAUGCAGGAGGAGGACGGCGAGCGGCCCGACUCCGUCACUCUGGUGUCCGUGCUGCCCGCCUGCGCCGACGCCCAGGCGCUCAGGGCCUGCCGCGAGGUGCACGGGUUCGCGGUCCGUGCUGGCUUCGACGAGCUCGUCAAUGUGUCCACGGCGAUCCUUGACGUGUACUGCAAGUGCGGGGCGGUUGAGGUUGCUAGGGCUGUCUUUGAUCGGAUGCCGGGCAAGAACUCUGUGUCUUGGAAUGCCAUGAUCAAGGGGUAUGCUGAAAAUGGGGAUGCUACUGAGGCUCUCGCGCUGUUCAAGAGGAUGGUGGGGGAGGGCGUUGAUGUGACGGAUGUAUCUGUUCUGGCAGCAUUGCACGCCUGUGGCGAGCUUGGGUAUCUUGAUGAGGGGAGGCGUGUCCAUGAGCUACUUAUGAGGAUUGGGCUGGAGUCAAAUGUGUCGGUGAUGAAUGCUCUGAUCACCAUGUACUCCAAGUGCAAGAGGACCGACCUCGCUGCCCAGGUUUUCGAUGAGGUGCGCUACAAGACACGGAUCUCCUGGAACGCCAUGAUCCUCGGGUGCACACAGAAUGGAAGGUCAGAAGAUGCAGUGAGGCUCUUCUCUAGGAUGCAGCUGAAAAAUGUGAAGCCUGAUUCGUUCACUCUCGUCAGUGUCAUUCCUGCACUUGCAGACAUCUCAGAUCCACUGCAGGCAAGAUGGAUCCAUGGAUACUCUAUCAGGAUGCACCUAGAUCAGGAUGUGUAUGUUCUGACAGCCCUUAUUGACAUGUACGCAAAAUGCGGCCGUGUCAGUAUAGCUAGAAGUCUCUUCAAAUCAGCAAGGGAAAGGCAUGUUAUCACAUGGAAUGCGAUGAUCCAUGGGUACGGCUCACAUGGUUUUGGCAAGGUUGCAGUUGAGCUGUUUGAAGAGAUGAAAAGUUCUGGCAGAGUGCCCAACGAGACAACAUUCCUUUCGGUCCUAUCGGCAUGCAGUCAUGCUGGUUUGGUUGAUGAAGGGCGGAAAUAUUUUUCGAGCAUGAACGAGGACUAUGGGCUUGAGCCUGGGAUGGAGCACUAUGGUACCAUGGUGGAUCUUCUUGGCCGAGCUGGGAAGCUAGAUGAAGCGUGGUCUUUUAUCCAAAAGAUGCCUGUGGACCCUGGCAUUAGUGUUUAUGGUGCAAUGUUAGGCGCUUGCAAGUUGCACAAGAAUGUGGAAUUGGCAGAAGAAUCAGCGCAGAGGAUCUUUGAGCUAGGGCCAGAUGAAGGUGUGUAUCAUGUCCUCCUAGCUAACAUUUAUGCAAAUGCUUCAAUGUGGAAGGAUGUUGCAAGGGUUAGAACUGCUAUGGAGAAGAAAGGCCUCCAAAAGACUCCUGGAUGGAGUAUUGUGCAGCUCAAGAACGAGAUUCAUACCUUCUAUUCUGGAAGCACAAAUCACCAGCAGGCAAAGGACAUUUAUGCAAGGUUGGCUAAGCUAAUAGAAGAGAUCAAAGCUGUGGGGUAUGUGCCGGACACUGAUUCUAUACAUGAUGUAGAAGAUGAUGUCAAGGCACAGUUACUCAACACCCACAGUGAGAAACUUGCGAUUGCAUAUGGGCUCAUCCGCACAUCCCCUGGUACAACAAUUCAGAUAAAGAAGAACCUCCGCGUCUGUAACGACUGUCACAAUGCAACCAAGUUAAUAUCUCUGGUGACAGGACGGGAAAUAAUCAUGAGAGAUAUUCAACGAUUUCACCAUUUUAAGGACGGUAAAUGUUCAUGUGGAGAUUACUGGUAAUGAAGUGUUGAAGGCAGUCUAAUAUGGAUUUUGAGAUGAUAAAACUUCGCACAGCUACUAUACAAGUCUAGCAGGUGCCUUUUGUAUUGGCAUCAUGGCUAAAAUUCUGAAGCACCAGGCAGCUCUUAGCCUCUUAUGAUCAUCUAACCUUCUCAGGGAACAUUCUGUAGAUCCCAGUCCAUUUACAUUGCAAUGAACUCCACUGCCACUUUGAGUGCAUUAAUAGAUGCCAGGUUCAUCAGGCUUGUUGAUGACCAUGUUGGUUCCCCUCCAGCCAGAUCAGAUACUCCCCGGAACACAAUCACAGUUCUGCACUCACCAGUAUUGCAACAUGAAAUGGGGAAUUAAAGCUAAUUACACUAGGAGGGUACCUUCCAUGUCCAAGCGCCUGUAUAAGCAACUAACUUGGGGACACUGACAUCUCCAAAUGACAUUGAAUCAUUAGAGCUUCCUGCUGUGCCAUAAUGGACAAUACCAGACACGGUAAAGACGUCGACGAGAGUUUGUACAGUGACAGCU